AAGAGAUAUGGCAUGGAAUACUGCCAGUCCCAGACAUGUGCUUCAGUAAUUUGAUGGUGUUGAUCGUGGAUGGGUGCCAAUUUUUAUCAGAUGUUCUGCCGUCUCAUUUACUUCCUUUCUUAACUAAAUUGGAAAGGCUGGAAGUUCGAGACUGUAGUUCUGUGAAGACCAUAUUUGAUGUGAAAUGCAUAACAGAAGACAGAAAAAUGAAAACUAUGGAACCAGCCCUCCUCCCCCUCCCUUUUUCCCUCAAGAAAUUGAUUUUAGAGCAGCUGCCAAAUCUGGAGAAUGUUUGGAAUGAAGAUCCUCAUGGAUUUCUAAAGGUGCAACUUCUUCAAGAAGUAGUUGUUAAGAACUGUAAAUGCCUUACAAGUUUGUUUCCAGCAUCAGUGGCCAAAGAUCUUGUGAAACUUGAAAAUCUAUUUGUGAAACACUGUGAGGGGCUGAUGGUAAUUGUUGCAGAGGAUAAUGCAGAUCCAAAAGGAACAAAUCUAGAGCUCACGUUCCCUUGUAUGAUUGAAUCCCCUGAUGAUAAGAUAAUAUUUGGGGAGCUCCAAACUUUGAAUCUUGAAUAUUUACCAAACCUCACAAGCUUCUAUAAUGGGAGUUUUAGUUUAAGUUUCCCAUCCUUGGAGGAAUUGUCAGUAUUCAAUUGCCACAGGAUGGAAACUUUCUGUCCCGGUACCAUCAAUGCAGACAAGUUGUUAAGAGUUAAAUUUGAGGAGAACUCAGAUGCUAUCCCAUUGGAAAUUGAUCUCAAUUCUACCAUACGGAAGGCGUUUCUGGCAACGGCUGAGUCCAGAGAGGAAAAGGAGAUUGAUGGCAAAGUCAGCGAUGAAAAGGAAUAAAUUUGUCCAGCUGAGUCGAACUCGAAUAAUGCAUGAGAGGUCAGGAAGAGGAGAGUGAUGACAAAGAAAGUUGAUGAAGAGGAACAAAGUUGUCCAGUACUACCAAUAUUAUUACUUUUGGGUUUGAUCUAGCAUUACUAUGA